AUCCAGGUUAUUCAGGAAAAGAGGUUAUUCUCGUAGUACUAGAGCUCAGCCAAGUUUUGAAAAGAAGAACGUGAAGUACUAAGGUUUUCCUGAUUGAAAAGAUUUGCAUUUAGAAAUCAAAUUGAAAAGUACGUAACUCGAGUUGUUUGACCAGACAGAGUACUAGGAAUCAAAAUUGACGCUAGUAAGUGAACAUUGAUAGUGAUCGAAUAUCAAAACCCCAUUAUUUAAAUAAAGAUGGAGAGAUAUAAUGAAAAUAACUACCUCGAAGAUGAGGAACUAGCCCAGUUACAGGCCCAACAACAAGAUGAGAUUCCACAACCGUCUGCUCCACCUAUAGUUGACGAAGAGGAGCUAUUAGCAGCACAGGCGGCAGCAGAGGCGGCAGCAGCUCAACAACAACAACAACCAGGUGGUGCAUUUAAUAAUGUUGGACAAGGGUUAACCGGGAGAAAUCGAGAUAUAAUGAUGCAAUACUGGCAAGAGACCAUCAACUCUAUUGAACAUGACGAUCACGAUUUUAAGAAUCACCAAUUACCAUUGGCAAGAAUCAAGAAGGUUAUGAAGACUGAUGAAGACGUAAGGAUGAUUAGUGCUGAAGCACCGAUUUUAUUUGCUAAAGGAUGUGAUGUUUUCAUAACUGAACUAACUAUGAGAGCAUGGAUUCAUGCAGAAGAAAAUAAAAGAAGAACAUUACAAAAAUCAGAUAUUGCAAAUGCUUUAACGAAAAGUGAUAUGUUUGAUUUUUUAAUUGAUGUUGUACCUAGAGAAGAAGAAAAACCUAAAAAGCCAACUACUUCCAGAUCAAACGGGUUUAGCACUCCUCGUUCAAACCCUCAGUAUCAAGAUCAAUAUCAACAGGAGACUAAUUUUGGAGGUCAAGUACCAGAUCAAGAACAAGCUCAACAAAUCCAGGCGUCCCCGAAUCCACCUCAACUCAGCUCACAACAACAAGGUCAAUCAUCUCCUACACAACCACAACCACCAAGCCAAGCACCAUUAGUUUCAACUCAACAACAACAACCAAUAUCUACCCAAAGAUUACUUCAAGAACAACAACAAGAUGAACAACAAGAGCAACAACAAGAACAAAUUUACCAACGACAAGAUCAACAAUCGGAAAAAAUUGCUCCACAACCUGCUUCAAAUCAUCAACAACCUCAACAGGCUCCUCAAGAACAAUCUACAAGCCAGCCAGGCGAACCUGGUGAAUACAACAAUUUCCAAAACUUUAACCCGGUUUAUGAAAAUGGAUUUUGAAAUUAUACAAUCUUGUUUAUAGUUUGUCUUGCACGAGACAUUGAUAGAUAUGUUCAAUUCCUAAACGUUUCCAUCUAUUAAAACCCAAAUUCAAAUUUAAUUCCUUUUAGACUUCCUUUUGAUAUCUUUCUUCUUUGUAAUAUUUUAAAUCUUU